AUGGCUUAUGUUAGACUCGCUUCUUUGAUUCUCUUCUUGCUUGCCACAUUUUCAAUGUUCUUGACGAAGAAGGUAAAAGCGACAGAUUGUUCGGGUGCUUGUUCACCAUUUGAGAUGCCACCAUGUCGCUCUUUGGAUUGUCGAUGCAUUCCUGUUGCACUAUUUGGAGGUUACUGCACAUAUCCAUCAUAUCCAAACGUUAUGAACAUGGUUAGGGAACAUUCUAAAUUGUGUCAAUCUCAUGUUGAUUGCUUAAACAAGAAAAGUGGAAGAUUUUGUGCUCGUUAUCCUAAUCCUGACAUUGAAUAUGGAUGGUGUUUUGACUCCAACACCGAAGCACAAGAAGUUUUCUUCAAGAUGUCCUCUAAUUCAGAAAUUUUAAGAGACUUCUUGAAGAUGUGUUCUAGUGCUUAG